AUGUCUGAAAAUGCAGGUCAUGGUCCUGUUUGUUCAAACUCAAUAUAUUACCACUAUGCUGUUAACACAGAGUGUAAGCUUGCUUCAACUGUUGGGAAGAAAAUCUUAGAAAGAGGUGGCAAUGCUGUAGAUGCAGCCAUCUCGGCUGCUUUAGUUAUUGGAGUUGUCAAUUCAUUUUCUGCUGGUAUUGGUGGAGGUGGGUUUGUAUUAAUAAGAAAAAAGGACUGA